CCAGCCCAAAACCCCCCACCAAAACAUUUCUUACCAAACCGAAAGAAAGUCUUCAGUUUCCAUCCUAAUCUCAUCAAUUCACUCAAAGUCUUCUCUUCUUCCUCAUCGCCACUUCUGUUUUCUCUCUUCCUUUCUCAUACGGAACCAGGACCAGCCAUGGAAGCCUCACCAAAGCACCAUCAACAAGACAACGGCCUAAACCCGUCUCUCCUUCCUUCACCCAAAAGCUACAGCCCGAACAGCAGCACCAGCAGUAGCCCGCCCACCCCCAAACCCAUAACCAGAUCCGACUCUGCCAACCCCUACCCCACCACUUUUGUUCAAGCUGACACUUCUUCCUUCAAACAAGUCGUUCAAAUGCUAACCGGAUCCUCCGAAACCGCUAAGCUUGCUUCUAAACCCGCUUCUCAACCCGAUUCCAAUUCUACCAAAACCCAUAGCAUCCCUCCCAUCAAAUCCAUACCCAAAAAACAACCAUCCGGCUUCAAGCUUUAUGAACGUAGAAAUUCUCCAAAGAACCUUAAGAUCAACCCUCUUAACCCCAACCCAUUUCUCACCUCCGGGUUUUCUCCUCGUAAAUCCGAGAUUCUGUCUCCUAGUAUUCUUGAUUUUCCUUCUCUAGUGCUUAGUCCGGUGACCCCGUUGAUACCCGAUCCCUUUGACCGAUCCGGAGCCGUUAAUUAUAUCAAUAAGAGUGGUUUACACACAGACAGUAGUAAGAUAGAUAGAGAAGCUGAAGAGAAAGCUAUUAAAGAAAAGGGGUUUUAUUUGCACCCGUCACCGAGUACAACGCCGCGAGAUGCUGAGCCGAGGCUGUUGCCACUUUUUCCAGUGACUUCACCUAGGGUUUCAGGUUCUGCAGCUUCUAAUUCUUGAAUUAUUCUGAGUUUUUUUUCUUAAUUUUUUCGGUGUAAGAUUUUUAUGUAUUGUUGGUAAUGAGGGGAGAAAAAAUAAAUUUGUAAUGUUGAAUAUUUGCGGAGAAUGAGAAAAUCAAGUCUUGCUCUAA